GCACAGCGUCUCUCGCGCCCAGGCAACAACAACACACCCAUAGAGAGACGCAGGGAGCAUAUAAAAAAGCAACAAACAGGUUUUCAUUGUGUACAGACGUGUGUUAGUCCCCUCUCGCUCGCUCCUUAAUUUAUGCGCAUGCAGCGGCAACAACAACGCUGGCGUACAUAUCUAUAUAAACAAACCAAGCCAACAUAAGAAACAAGUAAUACAAGAAAAUAAAUCGUCGACGUGAGCGCGUGUGUGUGUGAAUGCUGUAAACAGCAGCCAAAGUGGUAAAGUGGUAAAGCCAACUCGGCGGUGGCCAAGCAAGCGAGUCGAAAGAGACGACGGAUAAUAAGAAGCAUAAGGCAAAGAGUGCUGUUGGCCAGCUUAGAAGUGACGCGUAGCUAGCUACAGGUUUUGCGUUUUCCUUUUCGCCAGUGCCGCGCCAGCUAAUUGCAUUAAAAUAAAACCAACAAGUUGCUUCUAGUGGCUGUAAAUUAUUAUUGUGUCGUUGUCGCUGACACUCAGAUGCUGAAGCACAGCAGCAGCAGCAGCAGCAGCGACAAUAACACCAGUAAUCAGCACAACUAUCGGCGGCGACAAUGGCAGACAUCAGACAUGGCAAUGCAAGGCGUCAGUGAUUAAAACCAGUCGGAGAGGCCAGCCAACCAGCCAGGCCAGGCCAGUUUGGAGUGCCAGUCAGCCAGCAGCCCAGCCGCAGUGGCACCACCAAAAGCAAAAGCAAAGCAGCAGUAGCAGCCAGAAAACAGGCAGCCCAAGAUCACAGAGAGCUGCUGAAUCAUCAGAACUUGGAGGAGUAAUUGUUUUCCAUCUGCAAAAAAAACAAAGAACAGACAAAAUGAGCUCAACGGGGAGCCCAAUAAGCCGCUGGCAGAUCGGAUUGAUAUCGUCUAUAAACCUGCUGCUUAUGAUCUGCACCUUGCUGCCAAUCAUCGUGGACGCUUGGAUGCCCGAUGUGCGACCUGAUUUGCAAACGAAACCCGACAAAGUUUUGGCCCAUUUCACUGGCAACACAACGGACUAUUUUAAGAUUUUGGACCACAACGAUGAAAGUGUGCUAGUUGGUGCCAAGGACGUCAUCUACAAUGUGAGCCUGCACGGCCUGCGGGAGAUCGGGCGCUUGGAGUGGAGCAGCUCGGACGCUGACCAGCAGCUGUGCACGUUGAAGGGUAAGAAGGAUCGGGAUUGCCACAACUACCUGCGCGUGUUUGCACGUAGGGCCAAUGGCGAGGUGCUCAUCUGUGGCACCAAUUCGUACAAGCCGCGCUGUCGCGAUUACACGCCGGUGGAAACGUCAGCCGAGGAUGGCGGCCACACCCACGCCCACACAAUGCGCUACGAAGUUAGCCGCGAUGUGGAGGCCCAGGGUCUGUGCCCCUACAGUCCCGCCCACAACAGCACCUACGCCUUUGCCGAUGGCCAGCUGUAUAGUGCCACCGUGGCGGACUUUUCUGGCGGAGAUCCCCUUAUCUACAGGGAGAACCUUCGCACCGAACAGUAUGAUCUCAAGCAGCUCAACCAGCCGGACUUUGUCGGUGCCAUCGAGAAGAACGGCUAUGUGCUGUUCUUCUUCCGCGAACUGUCCAUGGAGUUUAUGAACUUUGGCAAGGCCGUCUACUCGCGGGUGGCUCGAGUCUGCAAGAACGACCGGGGUGGACCCUACAACCAUGGCAAGAGUUGGACUUCCUUCCUGAAGGCACGCCUCAACUGCUCGGUGCCUGGAGAGUUUCCCUUCUACUUUGAUGAAAUACAGGCCAUAAGUCCGGUGGUUGAGAGUGGAAGCAAGUCUCUGGUCUAUGCCGUCUUUACCACCUCGGUGAAUGCCAUUCCGGGCUCGGCUGUGUGUGCCUUCAAUCUAGAUGACAUCCUGGCUGCCUUCGAUGGUGACUUCAAGUCGCAGAAGGAUUCACAGUCUCAUUGGUUGCCGGUGGAGAGAGAGCAAGUACCCAAACCGCGACCGGGACAGUGUGUAGAGGACUCACGCACGCAAAGCAGCAUUGCGGUGAACUUUAUUAAGAACCAUCCGCUGAUGGAGGACUCUGUGGCUGCAGCCCAUGGACGUCCGCUAAUGACCAAGGUCAAUCUGCAUCAUCGCCUCACUGCUAUUGCCGUGGAUCCGCAGAUCAAGUCGCUGAGUGGCACUUAUUACGAUGUGAUUUACAGCGGCACUGACGAUGGAAAGGUGACCAAGUUUAUAAACAUUGUGACCACACACCAGAACUCGACAGUGGAUCGUCUCAAAACUGUUGUUAUCUCGGAAAUGCAAGUACUGCCGCUGGGAACACCGGUCAGGGAAUUGGUGAUCUCCUCCAAGAAAAACUCCCUGGUGGUGGUCAGUGAUGGCAGCCUGGUCAGUGUGCCCCUCCAUCACUGCACAUUGAUUGUGGACUGCCUGGGCUGCCUGAGUCUGCAGGAUCCGAUCUGCGCCUGGGAUCUGCAGACACACGAGUGCAAGAAUCUGGCCAGCAGCCAACACAAGUUUGGAACCAAGACUUAUUUGCAGAGCCUGAACACCACGAAGAAGGCUGCGGCCUCGCUGUGCCCGCACAUUCCGAGAGAUGGACAGGGAGGCGGUGAAACCGUGAGCUUUGUUACCAUGGCCCCAACGCCCACCGAGGAGCAGAAGCUUUUGUACUCCAAUGUGGGAGCUUCGUCGUCGGGCAGCCAGCCCAGCUUGGAGCAGCAGCCAACGGGUGGCGAUGACUUUGGCCUAAACAAGAUCACGCUUACGUCCAUGGAUCCCGAUGAUAUUAUGCCCAAUCUUAAUGAUCCCCAGAAAUCCACAGCCAGCGUGGAUGAAAUCCGACAAGCCUCCAGUCCCAGCUUCAUGGUGCUCACAGUCGUUGUUUUCAUCACCUUCCUGGUGGGCGGAACAGUGGGCGUAAUGUGUGUCAAGGCCAGGAACUGUCUAAUGGAGGCCCAAAUGGAUGAAAGUCAUCGCAAUCAUUUCGGCAAGCCAAUGCAAUUUAAGCACCAAAAUACAGGCAAGGAUAUCAAUCUGCUAAUGGGUUCCAAUCCCUAUACCACAACACAGAAAACACCCAAUUUGGAUCUGGAAAAGGAUCGCAGUCACGAGUGCAAAAACUCAACGGAACAUUUGGAAAAGGAGCUGCCCUGCAAGACGUCCACGCUGACGAAAGUGAAGCGCACGUACAUCUAGUGGGCAGGGGCAGCGCCACACCCUGCAAAAUUAGUCGAAUUUCUAUAUACUCUAAAAACAUAUAUUUUCGUUGUUUAUGUUGCUGUUAGUUAUAGUACAACCCCCCCACCCGAUCCGCCGCGAAUGAAGUAGCAACAGCAGUGUGUGUGUUGCAGAUGCGUUUGAAACGCAGCUGCGGAGGAGAAGAACGCCUGUUGCAUCUUUUUUUUACGUUUAGUUUGUAUUGUAAUUUUAGUUUGAUGUAAAAUUCGUAUAAGUUUCGUAUAAAUUUAGUUAAAUUUAUUGACAACACAGUGCACGCGGGCAUGAAAUCAUUCCGCGUUCCGAAUUGGAAGCGAAAAUGUCCCCUUAUAUAUCUAUAAAUGUGUAUUCAGUAAGUGCAAAUAUUAGAGCUGUACAAAUUUACACACAUAUCAUACAAACCGAACCCGAAAUCCGAACAGCUCUCGAAAUUCAAUCGAAUAAUUGAACAAGUAUUUUGUUAGACUGAAUGACUACUUUUUUCUACACGCGAGCGAAAUAACAGAAUGCGAACGAACGGUCUUAAAAGGCGUAAAAUUGUAUCUAACACAGUAAGCUCAAUAAGGAAUUGAAUGUAGAAUGUAAUUAAUAGUACGAACUAGGCUAAGGAACGAACAAAACUUCUAUGAGGCUGUUUCGAUAUGAACUGACACCGCAGCCCAACAACGCACAAUACGGAAAUAAACAGAAAUAAGAUUUAUAUACAAAAAUCCACAAAAAAACAACAACAUCAAGCCUUAUGAAAUAGUAGAAAAUCGUGUGUCGAAUCUUAGGCCUUAAAUCUAAACGUGUAAGCUUUGCGUACGGAAAAAGAAAGCUCGAGCUUGGCAUUUUAUUAUUUUGUAUGUUAAAUUUAAGCUGUUGUCCGUCCCGCUGAAGAUGAAGAAGUUGCAUAAAUACAAUGUACAAUGGCAAUUUUUUUAAAAUUUAAAACGUGUAAAAUGCAAUUUUCAACGUAAUUAAUAUAUAUAUAUAUAUUUUUCUAAUAAUCUAAUCUUAAGUAAAGAAAAAAGCUACACAUAAAAAAUAUUUUUAAAAGUCUUACAAAAAAAAGAAGAAAAUUUAACAUAAAGAAAAAAAUUCUCAUAUUGUGAUAGAUUUUAUUGAAAUUUUAUAAUGAAGAAAUGAUAUGCAUUUUGGUUGAAAAACAAUGAUAUAUAUAUGAACAGAGAGAGUCUGAGUUGCAUGCAUGAUAAUAUUGUGUAGGAAAGGGUCUUCCGUUCUCGGAGGAUCAGGAACCGCGGAUAACCAUAUAGCCCCAAGUGGAGUGUAGUUUUUUAUUAUUGUGUAUGUCUUGUACUGUGUAUAUUGUUGUAUACAUCCGAUAAGCAAUUCGAAAAUCUAAUAAAAUCAUCAUUUUUCAUAA